AAAUACAUCACUCUUAUGGGAUACCACUUUCAGACGUUUCAGUCAUCCCAUUCACGAUUGAAUCUGCAAUUUCAGGGUGAGUAGAGCUGGUUGAUCGUUACGCAACAAAGCACCCCUACCCGUUACCUCUAUUGCAGGAUUUGCAGCCCCCCUCCCCCAAAAGAGCUGAUUGAGUGCCUAUAAAUCCCAAACCUUAAUUUUCGAAACCCUAAUUUCUCUGCACUCUCAAUGCUAGCAUAGCUCCCUCAUCGCUGAAUUCAUUCAGGAGAUCACGUAUUUAGUUUUAUUCGUUCCCGAAAGUUUCGUAACUGGAAGAUGGAUAUAGAAGAAAGGCAAGCGGAGCACAUAGAAUGCUUCGUGAAGCAAGCGUCGGCACUCAAAGGCUCCGCUUUGGCUACUGUCGUCGUCGAGGCCACGUCCCAUCCCUCUCUAUUUGCCUUCUCCGAGUUGCUCGCUGUUACCAAUAUUUUAGAGCUGGAAGGAACUGAGAACUCUAUUUACCUCGAAUUGCUUCGCACGUUUGCUCAUGGAACAUGGACUGAGUACAAAGCUCUUGCCGGAAGGCUUCCUCAGUUGAUGUCUGAUCAAGUGCUCAAGUUGAAGCAACUAACUGUGCUUACACUAGCUGAGUCGACCAAGGUGCUUCCCUAUGAUUUACUUAUGCACGAACUAGAUGUCACAAAUGUCCGCGAACUUGAGGAUUUUCUGAUUAAUGAGUGCAUGUACGUGGGCAUAGUUAGGGGAAAGCUGGACCAGUUGCGCAGAUGCUUUGAGGUGCAAUUUGCAGCAGGGAGGGAUCUCAGGCCUGGCCAAUUGGGGAGCAUGAUACGGACACUAACAGAUUGGCUCACUACUUCAGAUAAUCUUCUCAUAUCAAUUCAAGAGAAGAUCAAAUGGGCUGAUACGAUGAGUGAGAUGGGCAAGAAGCACAAGAAAGAAAUGGAAGAAAAGCUUGAAGAAGUAAAGAAGUCAUUGUCUUUCAAGAAGUUACAAACGAGCAGGCGGACAUCGACUACCGAGGGCAUGAGGAGAUCUACUCUGAACAUGUUGGAGUGAUGGAUUUCGAAGAAGACCGAAGCCGGCCCAAGAGAAGAAGACACCCUUUUGGUUAAGGAGAUGGAGCAAGGAGUGCGGGGUUGGUUUAGUUUGGCUACCAUCCAGUGUUUUGGUCAUCAGCCUCAACAACAUCGCAUGAUUAUCUUCUUUGAGAAUGGUGUUAUAGCUGCUUUGAGAUUGAACUUACAAACCCGUUUUAGACUCUGAAGGAUGGUGCAUGAUUUUGUACUUCAAUCUCUAACUGACUAUUUUUUGGGGGGUUGGCACAAGAAGACCAAGUGCCUUGAUACGGCUUACAUUUAUUUACUAUAUAUGGAGAUGAUACCACACAUUGUUAGAUCAAUCAAAUUGCAUGCUUGUCUUUUCCAUUUGAAGGAAAUGUUUGACCCAUCAAUCUGUGUUACAAGUGAGUGUGAAUUGGGGCAUCUUUCACUUGUCAGUUCAACUUAAGUGGAUCUUUAAGAAAACGGAUAAUAAACAUAACUUCCAUGUCCUAAAAA